AUGAACCUCCUGAUGCUGGCCUUCAUUAUAUGUGGGUUUCUAAAUCUGGUGACCAAAGCUGGCUGGGAAGUCAAAAGAUGUUGGAAGGAUAACAUCGGGCACUGCAGAAAACGAUGUUUUCAUGUUGAAAGGUACAAGCUCCUUUGUAUGAACAAGCUAACGUGCUGCAUUCCCAUAAAAGAAGACGACGGAUACACUAAAACGCCACCACAUCCUGUACCCUUUGAAGAACAGAUAACUGUUAAUACGAAUGAUUGGGAUUUAUUUUCUAAUUCCCCCAUAUCUUGGUUUGAUGAUGAGGUAACAGUUAACCCAACUAUACCUGGAAACCUAAGAGAAAAUUCUUCCACAGCUCCGGCACAUUCUCUUGAGACCACUGAAGAGACAAUUCUAUUGGGGAUUAGAUGGCAUGCAGACGGACAGAAUGCUACCGCCAAGACAAGUACCAACAGUUACCCUACAGUUGGAAAUGUGUAA